AUGGACUUGCUGCGAUGCUUGGAAGACGACAGCAGCGGCCAGCUUCGAGGCAUGCUUUUCCGCGGCGACUUGCUGCCCAUCCUCCAGCUCUGCAAAGCCUCGCUGCAUUCACGUGCACUGUGGACAGACGACCUCAAGCGAGAUGUCGCCCGCCUACGAGAAGUCCUGCAUCCCCUCCAAACAACCCACCUGCGCAUUCCGGGUUUCCACACCGCGCACAACAUCAAGGUACUGCACAGGCACCAGAACACAGCAGGACCGGUCACGCCACCGCGACAGACAGAGAUCCUGCGACGUUGGAUGACUCACAACGAGCUGGGAGACCUGCUCAGUCCAAGUGACGCCAUUCUUGUGCUGAACGCGUGGCCCCGAACAACACGCGACAUCGGCGCAGCCCUAAGCGACUUCCUGACGGAGACGAACGCUUGCUUCGAGUACAAGUUCAUACGACCAACGGCCAGUUCCCCAAGCAGACCAACACUCCGGAUCCACUUCCUGUACCGCGGGAUCGCAGGGACUUUGGUCGCAACCCCAGCGGUACAGCAACAACAGGUCGCGCAGCCACAACGCCACCCUCUGCAGGCAACAAAUGGAUCGCAACAUGCUUACCGAAAGCCAUCCACAGAUCCAGGUUCACCUCGCCACCAGCCGCCGCCCGACACGAACCACACGUGUCGGGCUUUUCUACAGCAACAGAAGCACGACGGUGCCGGGCCUUUCGGAAGCAUGCUAGCUCGACAGGAACUGCUUCCCCUGCUAAAGACCUGCAGGACCAUACAGCGUUCCAAAAAGCCGUGGAUCACAACCCUCAAAGACGACGUCGCCCAUCUCCAUAAAGUGUUAGCCCCUCUGAACACAAAGCCACUACGCCUGCCAGGCUUCGACGGCCCACCCGCCAUCAGCGUCCUGUCACGUCCCCCCACAGAGCAACAACAACCGUCCGUCACCACACCCAACCCAGACCACCUCCUCCUUUGGAUGGUGCGCAAGAAACUCGCAGGCUACACUCCCAGCGAAGCUAUCCUGAUCAUGAAUGCCUGGCCAGCAACGACGCGCCGAGCAGGUGCGGCACUGAGCGACUUUCUGACGGAGACACAUGCCACGAUGGAAUACACUGCCAGCCCCAUCUCGCACUCUCUGCAAGCCUCGCCUUCAUCUGGAACAUGCGGCAGGCUCGAGCAACCAGACAAAGCUAGAGUUCGCGCCCCCCGAACCACUCACCUCAACAGCUCAGCCAUGGAGAAACAACGCCCCAAGGAGCCCACGCAAGCGCUAGUGGUGAAGCGGACCUGGGUCACCCGCAUCCUCAAAGCAAACAAGACAUGGGAACUCCGAGGAACCAGCCUGAAAAAACGAGGACGAUUCGCGUUGGCCGUCAGCAAAAUCAGUCUGCUGGCGGGGGAAAUCACGUUCGUCGACUCCUUCCCCGUGGGCAUCCGGCGAGAUGGCAAAUGGCAGCCUUUCAGCAAUAGCACCGAAGAUCAGGAACGCUUUCUGCUUCGGCCAGAGAACCUGCAGAAACACCAAGUCGACCCAAACAGCAUCUCCUACCACAUCGUGUACGCCUGGGUUAUGACGGCUCCGCAAACCUACAACCCCGAGCGGCCGUACACCCCGCAGCCAGCAUGGAAGCGUGAACACACCCGACCCACGGCACCGACAACGCAGCAGAUCCCCGCGCGGAACAUGACGGACAAGAAGCAAGAGGAGCGCAAAAUAACCCUCUACACCGAAGGCCUCGACCACCUCCUGCCGCUGAGCCUAACCAGAAGCCCACAGCCACCCACGCACUUUCCAGCACGCGGACAAGGGCCUCUACCAGCCAAGUUACCAGAGAACUUUGUCAACGACAGGCUGCAGUACGUCAACGGCCACGAACGGGACAAGCACCUGCUCUUCGACCACACGAUGCACUCCUACUUCUGGAAGAACACGCGCGUGAGGGAAUCGGUAACCCAGCUCAUCCACAGACACGCCGAAGGGUUCGAUGCAGACCAGACCCUCAAACACAUGUCUCAGGGAGAUCGCUGGCCCCGACCCGGCUACCUCAGGGCAACAAUGGAACCCGACAUCGUGGACAAGAUCGGCCGACUGCCCGCGGGACCCCGCAUCCUUGCCUCGUUCCAGCAAGCAAACCGAAACGAAGAGGAGCUAUGCCAGCAGGUGCGUGCGGCCGUGCAGCAGGGCAGCCCGCAAGAUGUCACGACCCUGCAAAGCAUCGCAAUGUCCAGCAGCGAAAUCAAAAUGAAAUGGACGACCGCCCGUGACGAGGCGGCCCAGGAAGGGACCUGGAUGCACGCACAGUUCGAGUGCCUGCUGAACGGGGGAUCCGUCCAAGAAAUGACGCCUGAGAUAGCAUUGCUCUUCAAGUUCCUGGGCACCUUGCAGGAAGCCACGGCCUACAGAACAGAGUGGAAAAUCUACGCCGAUGACAUGGAUGUAGCCGGCAGCAUCGACUUCGUCGUCCAACAAGCCGACGGAUGCCUGGUCCUCGUGGAUUGGAAGCGAAGCAGCAGAAUAGCAAGCCGCGGAGACCAUUUCAACCGCUUCAUGAGGCCGCCUCUAACCCACCUGCCAGACAGCACCCUGGCCCACUACCACCUGCAGCUCAACAUCUAUCGAUGGAUUCUCCAACGCCACUACCACCAAGUCGUCACGGAGAUGUACAUCGUGGGCACGCACCCCGACAACGGCCAGGAACCUUGGGUGCAGCAGGUGGACAUCUUAGACCACGAGACCGCGAAGCUCGUCGGAGAAGCAACCAAGGCAUGUAAGGAAGCGAGGAAACGAAAGGGCGAAGAGCUCCUGCGCAUCUUCAAUAUGGCAGGCGAAGAGCUGCUAGAAAUCACCCUCAAGGAGCCUCAAACCGCAAGCGCCGUCAAAAGACAAGUGCAGACACGGACGGGCCUGCCACGCUUCCGGCAGAGACUGCUCGGACACAAUGGCCCCCUCGGCGAUGCGGACAUGGUCAGUGCCCCAGCAGACUUACAGCUGGUCAAGCUUGACUACGCCCCGACCAACCGCCAGGACACGGUGCAGAUGAUCGCCGCCGCACGCAGCCCCACACCAGCCAGACUGGAGCAACUCCUCAGCCGCCCACUAGAUCCAAACUGCGCCCGAGCCACGUUCUUCUCGACAACGACUCCCCUCGAGGCAGCCACGAAAGGGAGAAGAAGCGAGAACAUCAAGCUCCUGCUGGAAGCUCGAGUCAACGCCAACACCGACGAAGACCACGGCCUGCUGUUGCGAGCAGCACAGCGACAGGACCAAACGGCCGUACAGCUCCUGAUCGCAGCCCAGUGUAACCUGGAGACACGCAACCACCACGGCACCACGGCCCUCGCAGCAGCAGCACGCAAGAGCAACGUCCACAUCGUGCAGAUGCUUCUGCAGGCAAGGGCGGACAUGGAGGCCGCGAACAACAACCGACGCCGGCCACUCGCACUAGCCGCGUGGGGUGGCGAACCAGCAAUCGUGCUGACCCUGCUGGCAGCACGCUGCAACCCGCUGGUCGCAGAGCCACGUCACCCCGAUGCGAUUCCUGCGUCCACAGCAAAGGACAUCUUCCUGAGUGCAUGCCUCCGAGCAAGCAGCACAGCCAUGCGCGAAGCAUUGCUCGCGGGGUCGAGGUCGCUCAUCGACAAGCCGAACCUGGAGACGCGCGAGCCCACAGAACCGGCAGCUACACGGCCACGUCCAUCAGCUGAUGCCAUCGACCGGCUCAAAGGACUCUCUCCCAAAGUCCCGCGAAAGGCAAAAUCGGCCACACACUUCUACCAACCGGCCAUGCUCCGCGUGCGCAGCUGCAGCGGUCAAGUACUCUGCACCAUCGAUCCCGCUGCACGCAAGAACAAAGACGCGCUCGUCCUGGAUGACCUGACACUCACCAUAGGCAGCCAGCUACACGUGCCCGCGCACCGAAUCAGCAUUCACGCUGCUGAUGGGCACAAGCCGCCGAGCCCCACAAUGACGUGGGCUGACUGCCAACAACCCUCUGUGACAGAAGACCAGGAGCUGCUGGCAGUCGUCCGGCAUUUCCGAGACGGAGGAGCGCCCGAACUGUCCCUGGCCAUAGAGAAGCAGCAGCACGAAGAAGUCUGCAGCCUCCUGGAAAGUCUCGUGGACCCCAACAUCGCGAUCAGCCACGACAAAAGCUACGGACCGUGCAGUCCCCUGUGCAUCACCGCGUACACCAAUUUUGGAGAGCCUUCCCUGGCGCAGGCACUCAUCGCGGCGCACGCCAACCUGGACGGCAAGCAUGUCGCCAUAAGUCCCCUGACGGCAGCUUGCGAAGCUCGAAACAUGCGGAUGGUCAACUUCCUUCUUGAAGCCGACGCAGACGUAAACCGACCAACAUGGUUCAUGGACACCCCUCUGCUUAUAGCUGUGUCAAUGGAUUCGGCACCGCUGGUCCGCCUCCUGAUACGACACCGGGCGAACAUUCGUCAACAAGACCGCUGGCAACGCGGUCCCAUCGAGCGGGCCUUCCAGCACAGGGCGCCCCAUGCGGCCGCGUGCCUCGUGCUUGCAAGUGCACAAGUCCAGCCGUACACGGACACCAACUGCCUGCUGCACGUGGCCGCAAGCAGAGGCAGCAUCACGUGGAUCAAGCUACUUCUGCGAGCCGGCGCCGACCCUCAAGGCAAAGACGCAAACGGUCGCUCUCCCGCGAACGUGCUUCCACGCUUGCCAACCUUUCAGCAGCGCCAACAGCUGAGGCUCUCACAGACGAAGCGCCCCGACGGAUCCCCAAGCCAAGAAGUUGCGCCACAUGAUGGAAAGACGCCUCCUCCGCAAGCGAGAGACGAUCCUGUUCGACGGCAUACUCCUCCAUCACCUGUCACCUUGGUCCCCUUUCAGUCUGAGAACCUUGAGGCGGCUGCUCGGCGCUUCCACUCGGCCGGGCUGCAAGCACUGAUAUACCAUCUUCGCGAAGACAACCGAUGCCUCACGAUGCUUGCCACACACCUAGAAAAGACGCUGGUCUACGUGCUGCAGAUGACGGCGAGGUCGCAGCUCAAGACCAGGCAAUUCCCCCGGUCCGGUCCCCGACAGAACGACAUGGGACGCAUGGUGCAACAAAGAGCCAAGAGCGGCACAACGACAACCAGCCUGCGCAUCUACACCUUGUCCGGAGCGGAGCUGCGCGACCUGCCGGAAAUACCCGACCGUGCAACCGCUGGCCACCUCAAGACGCAGUUGCAGAUCACGCACGGAAUCCCACGAUUCCGAGUGAAGCUUUUCAGCGGCACCGACAACACCAGCGACGGCGAUAGCGAAUGUGGAGACCGAGUCGUGACUGCCCUCCAAGCAGCGGCUCGAGAGAACUACGAGGACAUCAUCGAGCUCUUGCUAGAAGCCCAUGCCGACCUGCAUGCACCCGGCAACAACACAGCACUCUGGUGGGCAGCAGCAAAAGACAGCACACACGCACUGCGAACACUGCUACACGCACGCGCCGAGCCAAACAACACAAACGCACGCAACGAGACAGCACUUCUCGAGGCAGCUUGGAGAAACCACGACAUCGCCGCCAAUUUGCUCAUCCAAGCCCGUGCCAACCUCGAGUCCCGCGACAACCAUGACAGAACAGCCCUGGUCGCUGCCUGCAUAGCAGACAGCCAGGAUGUUGCGAUCUCCCUCCUCUGUGUUCGUGCAGACUUCAUGCAGCUCAUCCAGCACGAAGACACAACGCCAGUCAUCAAAACAACCGCAAUGUGCGCGGCGGCCGCUGCAAACCAUCUCGACGCCCUGGAGGCUCUGCUCGAAGCCGACGCAUGCAUCGACGCCGCCGGCGACAGCCAGGUAACUCCGCUUUGGCACGCUGCAAAGGAAGGCAUCGCAGAAGCCGUUGAGCUGCUCCUGCGCCGCAAAGCCAACCCGAAUGCGGACAACUACGCCAUGCCGGAAAGAGGAAGUGCACUGUGCGCAGCAGCGUCUCGCGGACACAAUGCGGUGAUCACACUCCUACUGGCGGCCCGAGCAAACCCAAACUUCCUUUGCAGCUUCAACGAGACACCUCUGAUAAAAGCAUACAUGUACGGCAAGGCCGACACCGCCCGACUGCUGCUGCACGCAAAAGCCGACUUCGGCCGACCCUCGCCACAUCAGAUGUCCCGCCGAGACACGGACCGCAUGCAGGCCACCAUGCACCGAUGGGCACAGGAUCUGCUCCCGAGCAAGGCAAAACGACAGAGACCAGAAGGCAAACGAGUCAGCUGGUGCCUAGGCAACUUCGCUCGCCGAACUCGGCAGAAAACUUCCGCCCUGCAUCAGCUUCGGAUCUGCAAACUGAGCGGCGAGGUCGUAGCUCACACAGACGCGCACCGACAUCAGACGCUGCUGAGCCUGCUCACAUGCUUGGAGCCCACGUGCGGCGUGUCCAAGCACAGGAUCAGACUACUCCAAGACGGACACGUGCUUCAACGGGACGUCAGUCUACAAGCCUCCGCGGCCCUCGACUUGCAGGUGGUCCUCCUGCCGUACAUGCAAUCCAACAACGAAAUCGCCCGAAGCUUCCGAGAGGCUCUCCACGACCAAGACACGGUGAAAUUGGAGAACUUGCUUUGGCAGCCCGUCGAUCCAAACACGACCUUUUCCCGAUACCUCCCGCGUCCCAUCACCGCGCUGGAACUUGCACUGCUGAACCCAGGACCGCUCACCAAAACGAUGCUGUCCACGCUGCUAGAAGCCAAAGCAGCUCCCGAUCGACCCGAAAACCAAGGGGUGCUCUGCAUGGCGCUGGAGCGCGAAGAAGAAGAUUGCGUGCAACUUCUUCUACGACACCGAGCCGAUCCAAACAGGUCCAGCAACCGGAUCACGCCCAUUGACAUAGCCUGCCAACGUUGCCACCAAACCAUGUCCUUCCAGUACCGAGAGCCCAGAACGGCAGUCAUGCUGCUGUCAGCAGGAGCAGACGUGCAGCCCAUGCUUCGAGAUGCCAACAGCUGGACCAUGCAAUCAACCCCCAAAGAUUAUCUCGAUUACAUGCACCCUCGCACGCUUGCCAGCACCGUCUCCUUGGUGCGUGCCGCGGCGACACUCUCAACGCCCACAGUCAUGCGGCAGAUCAUCGAGGCGGCGAAAUGCGCAAACGUUUGCAUCAUGCCCGCCUGCCUGUGCAGCGCAGCCCACAAAGGCAACGAGGACGCGGUGCGCUGGCUUCUGGGCGCACGCGCCGCGGUGGACUCCCACAUCUGCCACUUCGUGCUAAGCGGGGCUCACAACCUCCUCUUCAGCAACCAUAAACGCCGCACGGCCCUCGCUCUGGCUGCAAGAAGAGGUCAUCAUGCCACAGUGAACGUGCUGCUCGAAGCCAGAGCAGACCCGAAUAAGAGACUGGACGGGCAGACGGCCUUGUUGCAAGCCGCAGCACACGAAGCUCCCGAAGCUGUGGUGCGUUCAAUCUUGAAAGCAGCCGCAGAAGUGAACCAGGAAGACAGCUCGGGCCGCACGGCUCUCAGACUAGCAUUGCUUUCCAGAAAGGCACCAGAUGUAGGCGUGGUGCAAGCACUGCUGCGAGCCAAAGCCGACAAGCAACACAGAGACCACUUCGGCAAGACCAUAUUCAGCAUCGCAGCUCAGAGACUCGACAACGCAAUCCUGUCGAUUGACGCGACAACCAUGUCCGAUGACAUGGACGAUGACUUCCAGGGCGCAAACCACUUGAUCGGCAGCGCCGACCAGGCGAACUACCAGGACGAGUUCGACGAUUGGGACUGGCUCGAACAAGAGAUGCAGCGCGAAGCCGAGGAAAACGAACGUGAGAGAGAAGCGUGGAACAAAGAAAUGAAGAUCCAGAUCGCGUACAGCAAACGCCUUGCAAACAUGACGGUGAAGUACAUGAACACGAAGAGCGAGGAGAUUCACGCCUCAAAGCCCUACCCGUCAUGCCAGCUCGAUUGCGUCUCGUUCCGCGAAGCAUGGCUGGAGACCCUACACGAAGGCCACAACCCCGAUCGAUAUCUGUCCCUACACCAGCUACGUGAUAGACGACAGAGAACCAAGAAACCCUUGCGCGCAGAAGUACUACAGCAUCGCAGUCCCAGAGAAGUCUUGCUGCACGACUUGGACAGCAGUCGCAUUGGACCGAUCAGCCUGGAUGCAACAGAACUGACGUUAGACGGAAGGAUGAUCACGGACUCCUGGAACUGGAGAGACUUCCUGCAAUGCAGCGGCAGCAACGGAACCGUCCACGUGCACAUUGUCUCCCCCGCUGACAAGCAAGAGAAAAAGGGUCGAAGUCCCACGCACCCAAAAGACGUCCGAUCAAAGCACACACCUGCCAAGCAAGACCCUCGCCCAAUGGUGCUCUCAAGCAAAACUGUCACGAUCUACAUGGCAGCAUCCGGCAACAAGAUAGCCGACAUAGAGUUGGGAGAAGGACAGCGCCGCCUCCAGGACGUCGCCAUACAGCUGCAACCGCAAGUCAACGCAACACGCUUUCAGCAGCGGCUGCUCCCCGACGAGGACCGCGACGAACUCCACGGCAGACAAGUCCUGGACUCGGACACCAACCAGCUGUUCCUGAUCCUGCUUCCCUACAUCGACAUCUGCCAAAACGACGAAGCGGAACUGCUUGACGCAAUCGAAGAGGGAAAUACCACGAAAGUCGAGGCCAUUCUCCACCGGCCACAGCAUCCCGAUCAGACUGCCUGCCAGGACUACCAGCCAACGGCCCUCGUCCUCGCAGCACACAACAACCACACGGACAUCGUCGACCUUCUCCUAGAGGCAAGAGCAGACGUCGCACGACGGAGCAACAGCCGGGCUCUGCUCGAAGCAAUCUGGAACGAGAACUUCCCAGUAACGGAAAUGCUGCUCGCUGCAAGAGCAACGCCGCAUCCACAACCAGAAGACGAAAGCACGCCCUUGCAGGAAGCAGUCGUGGCACAAAACUGGGACAUCAUGUCCUUGCUACUGGAAGCAGGAGCCCGGCCAAACGAUCGCGAUCAGGAGGGCAACACGGCAUUGCACUUCGCGUGCGAUCAACCCUACAUCCAGCCCGUCCUCACGCUAUUGCAAUACCGAGCCAACCUCGAGGCCACAAACGACGACGGAGAGACGCCAACGGCCGUCGCGCAAGCAGCGGCCGCCAUGCGCGAUCUCGUGCUCGGUACCUGCCGAGGACCAAGCGCCCGCCACAACAUGUCCGGGAUCCGCGAAUCCAGCGACACCGACGAGGAAAACUCCUGGGAAUGCGAAUCUCAAGAAGACGAGGAUGACUGA